AUGUCCAAAGAAAGUAACAAAGCCAAAUUCCUUGCAGAAUUCCCUAAAUUGGUGGGAGAAUUGAAAAGCAUUUUAGUCGGUUAUGGAAUGCCGGCAGAAGCUGUUCAAUGGUUUGAAGAUUCCUUGAAUUACAAUACUCCGGGCGGUAAACUGAACAGAGGAUUGUCAGUUGUCGACACCUACGUAAUCCUAAAGGGUUACAAAUCUGUGGAAGAUUUACCUGCCGAACAAUACGAAAAAUUAGCCAUUUUGGGGUGGUGUAUUGAGCUUUUACAGGCCUACUUUUUAGUCGCCGAUGAUAUGAUGGACAAGUCCAUCACGAGAAGAGGCCAGCCAUGCUGGUAUCGUCAGAAAGAGGUUGGCGAAAUUGCUAUCAAUGAUGCAUUCAUGCUUGAAGCUUCCAUCUACGCAUUGUUGAAAUCGCAUUUCAAGAAGGAAUCCUAUUACAUUGACCUAAUCGAGUUGUUCCACGAUGUUACUCUUCAAACCGAAUUGGGUCAACUGCUAGAUUUGAUUACUGCACCUGAAGACAGGGUCGAUUUGAGCAAGUUUUCCCUUGAGAAACACUCGUUCAUUGUCAUUUUCAAGACUGCUUACUACUCAUUUUAUUUGCCUGUUGCUCUUGCAAUGUAUGUCGCUGGUGUCUGCGAUCCAAAGGAUUUGGAACAGGCCAAGAGUGUUCUGAUCCCAUUGGGCGAAUACUUCCAAAUUCAAGAUGACUACUUGGAUUGUUUCGGUACUCCAGAGCAAAUCGGCAAGAUCGGCACAGAUAUUCAAGACAACAAGUGUUCGUGGGUCGUUAACAAAGCGCUUCAAUUGGCCUCCCCAGAGCAGAGAAAGAUUCUGGAUGAAAACUACGGUAAGAAAGACAGUCAAUGCGAAGUCGCUUGCAGAAAAGUCUUCAACGACUUGAAGGUAGAUCAGUAUUAUAUUAAAUACGAGGAGAACGUUGCCCAAGAGCUUAGGAAGAAAAUCUCACAGAUUGAUGAGUCCCGCGGAUUCAAAGGCGAAGUGUUAACCGCGUUCUUGAACAAAGUCUACAAGAGAUCCAAAUAG